AUGACGAGUGAAGUCCACCGUCCACUAGCUGAUUAUCCAGAGAACAUCUGGGAAGGUCUCUUAGAUUCUCUCUCACAGUCUGACCUGGGAACUGAGACGUUCAAAGAAAAGCAUAGUAAGCUAAAGGAGGUUGUGAAUGAAUCGUUUAUGGCUUCAAGAGAGAAUCCCACAGAGAACAUUAAGUUCAUCGAUGCUCUAUGUCGCCUUGGUGUCUCCUAUCACUUUGAGAGAGACAUCGUAGAGCAGCUAGAGAAGUCAUUUGGUAGUCUUGAUUUUAAUCAGAUGAUAAGAGAGGAGGGAUGCGAUUUAUACACGGUUGGAAUACUUUUCCAAGUUUUCAGGCAAUUCGGCUUCAAACUUUCAGUUGAUGUGUUUAAUAAGUUCAAGGCCGGAGAUGGAAGCUUCAAAGGACAUUUACUGGAAGACGCAAACGGGAUGUUAAGCUUGUACGAAGCUGCACAGUAG